UGGUUCACAUUAACAAGGAGAGAUUCUGAAUAUAAAUCAGAAGCUUGUUACAUCAAGUGUUGAGACAGGUCUUGUAUUUUGUCAGUUAGACUUUGUCUUUAUCUAUGUUAGUACUGUGUAAUGAAUGGAGUGAUUGAAGAAACAAAGCAAAGAGAAGUUCAAAGGAGUACUGAAGAUAAACUCAACAUGUGGAAACAUUCAAAUCUCUUCAAUUGCAAAUGGUUGUUUAUGCAGAUAAUUGCUUAUAGCAUCAAUUCCACUAUAUCAGCCCGAUGUACAGAAUGUUCAAAUACAAUACUUGGAACAGAGAGCAAGAAUAUCACAUAUGGACCAAGUAAUGAAUACAACUGCAACUGUGAUUGGACAAUACCAGAAGAUAUGGACACAGAUCAUGAAACUGCUGUUGUUCUGUUGUUAAAAAAAUUUUCAUUUCCGAGGACAACUGAUAGUGGAAGUACACACUGCUCUGGAGAAAUCAGAUUCCCGAGCACUGAUGGAUACAAAUGCGAUUUCCCAAGCAACUAUUGUCUUGCAUUUGCAACAGCAUCAAUCAUUUGCAACAUCAACAAAAUCAGAGAGAAAAUUCCAGAUGCAAACCACACCUGUGAUUCAAUCAUUCCAUGGAAUGAAGCUGGAGGAAGUCCAUAUAAGAUACAAUACAAUUCCAGAGGCUAUGCUGGUUACACAAAAUACUUCACAAUACAAUAUCUUGUAAUAGAUUGCAGACCAACAACCACACCUGCACUCACCACGAUAACUGAGCAAGCAACAGCAACUCAUCCAAAAAAUACAUCAUCUGAUAAAAUAUACUUUGACUCAACCACUGAAUCAACCAGAACAUCUGGCAAAACUCAAAGUCCUAUCAAAGACUGUGAAUGCAACAGCACUGAAACAUCACUGAUCAUUGCUAUUCCAGUAUCAGGAAUUGUGGGUUUGACCAUUGGAGUUUUGUUGACACUCGUAACACCAAAAUAUUGCAACAACAACGAAAAGAAACCAAAAUACAAAGAUUCAAUGGAAAUGGGAAGCAUUCAACAUCAGCAGCCAACUGUCCAUGAACGAACAACAUAUGAAAACUACACACCAACAGCAGAUGAAAGUGGAUAUGAAUAUCUGAAUCAAGUUGAAAAAAAGAAUGAACAAAGUGGAUAUAAAGUUCCGAAUUCAGUUGAUAACAAGAAUGAACAACAAUAUGAGAUUAUAACAACUGGAAAGGAAUAUCAAUAUGACAAUUGA